UUAUGAUGUGUUGUGUAUGUAUAUCAACAUGGAGAAGUUAUGUAUUUUACUGUGUUGGUGACGUCUGCAAGAAAAAUCAAAUUCGUUGAAAUUAAUAUAAAUUCAUAGUUUAUACUGCAAGUAAUGUUCUCAAAAGAAUGUUAACUCAAUUUACUAAUUAGUUGAUAAUGUGUGAAAGUGUGAAAACUAAUGAAAUGUUCAUAAUUCGUGCAUUAGAAAAAAUUCUUAAUGAUCGUGAAAUUAAAAAAUCUCAUCAUAGCGAGCUCCGCAAGGCAUGUGAAAUCGCUUUAGCUGAGAUAAAAAAUGAAACUAAGGAAAUCCAAGAAGAAAAGACGCAAUCCUGCUUGCCAUUACCAAAAUCAAAAGCAGGAAAUUUGGAAGCUGAAAAGUAUUUUCUUCCAUUUGAAUUGGCUACCAAGUCAAAGUCACCUCGAAUUGUUAUAACAGCUAUUGAUUGUAUACAAAAACUGAUUGCAUAUGGUCAUCUAACUGGCAAUAUACAUGAUCCAGUAAACCCUUCUAAGUUCCUGAUUGAUAGGAUUGUUGAAGCAAUCUGUAGCUGCUUUCAUGGGCCUAAUACUGAUGAUGGAGUGGAAUUGCAAAUUAUUAAAGCUCUUCUGACAGUCGUCACAUCUCAAGCAUGUGAAGUUCAUGAAGGCAGUGUUCUCCUCGCAGUGAGAACAUGUUACAAUAUCUACUUAGCAUCACGGAAUUUGAUCAACCAAACAACAGCAAGGGCAACUUUAACACAAAUGUUAAACGUUAUAUUUGCAAGAAUGGAAGCAGUAGCAGAUGCUAGUUACCCUCCAAAAAGCUCUGAGGAAAUAGAAGAACAAGUUAAACUGGAUGCUGCAUCUGUUCUUGAAGAAAUUGUUGAACGAGUUUCAUCAAAAGAAGAUCUUCAAGAACAGCCUAAUACUGUAGUUCCUGACCAAGUAUCUUCUAGUGAUAAUCCUCCAUCAAAUGUACUUUAUAGACUGCCUUCUCAAGAAAGUUUAGAAACAGAUGAUGCCCAAAAUUCAGAGCAAGCCCAACAUAACUUCUCACAUAUAUUGCAGAAAGAUGCCUUUUUAGUGUUCCGUUCCCUUUGUAAACUGUCCAUGAAGCCUUUGCCUGAAGGUCAACCUGAUCCAAAGUCCCAUGAAUUGAGAUCUAAGAUUUUAUCUCUACAACUUUUGCUUUCAAUUUUGCAAAAUGCUGGUCCAGUUUUUCGAUCAUCAGAGAUGUUUAUUAAUGCCAUAAAGCAGUAUCUGUGUGUCGCAUUAUCUAAGAAUGGAGUAUCAUCGAUUCCUGAAGUUUUUGAAUUAUCUUUAGCUAUUUUUCUAGCUUUACUAGAAAAUUUCAAGACUCAUUUAAAAAUGCAAACAGAAGUAUUCUUCAAAGAAAUAUUCCUGAACAUUCUUGAAACAUCCAACAGUUCCUUUGAGCAUAAAUACAUGGUAAUUCAGGCCUUGAAUAGAAUAUGUGGUGAGGCUCAAAGUAUUGUCGAUAUCUAUGUGAAUUAUGAUGCAGAUCUUAACUCUGCUAAUAUUUUUGAACGGUUAGUUAAUGAUAUUUCCAAAAUUGCCCAGGGUAGGCAAGCAAUUGAGUUGGGUGCAACAGCUGCCCAAGAAAAGUCAAUGAGGAUCAAAGGAUUAGAAUGUUUAGUGUUUAUUCUCAAAUCUAUGGUUGAAUGGAGCAAAGACUUAUAUGUAAAUCCCAUGGAUCAAGGAGCUAAUAAUCUUGGUUCAGAAAAGCAAGUUUCAGAUGAAACUGAAUUGGGGAAAGCAACAACGAUUGCCAGUUAUGGCAGCAUAAAUUCCCUAAGUUCCACUUCAAGCUUUUCUGAAAAUCCUGGUGAUAAUCCCCAACACUUUGAAAUCAUGAAACAUCUAAAAGAAAUAAGAGAACAUGGAAAUGAUUUAUUUAACAGAAAACCUGAAAAAGGAAUAGCUUAUUUGAUUGAACAUGGAAUCAUUGGCAAUUCUCCUUCAGAUAUUGCAGAAUAUUUACACUCAGAAAACAGACUGGAUAAGAUGAAAAUAGGUGAUUUCUUGGGAGAAAAUCAUAAAUUGAAUCGUGAAGUCAUGUAUGCUUAUGUUGAUCAAAUGGAUUAUGCUGGCAAAGAUUUUGUUUCAGCUUUACGGUACUUUCUUGAAGGUUUCAGAUUACCUGGAGAAGCUCAAAAAAUUGACAGGCUGAUGGAAAAAUUUGCUGCUCGCUAUUGUGAAUGUAAUCCAAACAAUGGUCUUUUUGCUAGUGCUGAUACAGCUUAUGUUCUUGCAUAUUCCAUCAUUAUGCUUACUACAGAUCUCCACAGCCAUUCAGUUAAGAACAAAAUGACGAAAGAAGAAUAUAUCAAACUAAAUCGAGGCAUAAAUGAUUCUAAAGAUCUCCCUCAAGAAUAUUUAUCUGAAAUUUAUGAUGAAAUAGCUGGAAAUGAAAUCAAAAUGAAAAAUGUGGCUCCUAAAUUUAGUGGCAAAGGUGUUGGAAGUGAAAAGAAACGUAGACUUCUGUACAAUGUUGAGAUGGAACAAAUGGCCAAAACAGCAAAAGCUUUGAUGGAAAGUGUGAGCCAUGUCCAAGCACCAUUUACAUCUGCUAAACAUUUAGAGCAUGUUAGGCCGAUGUUUAAGACUGUUUGGUCCCCCUUUUUGGCUGCUUUUUCUGUUGGUUUACAAGACUGUGAUGAUUCUGAAAUAGCUGCUUUGUGCCUAGAUGGAAUUAGAUGUGCCAUAAGAAUUACCUGCAUUUUUCAUAUGACUAUGGAGCGGAAUGCUUAUGUGCAAGCCUUAGCUCGCUUCACACUCUUAACUGCUAAUUCUCCUAUAACAGAGAUGAAAGCAAAAAAUAUAGAUACCAUAAAAACAUUGAUAACAAUUGCUCAUACGGAUGGAAAUUACCUUGGUCACCGCUGUUGGUUAGAAAUUUUACGAUGCAUAUCGCAGUUAGAACUGGUUCUACUUGCGGGAACUGAUUCUAAGCCACGUUAUGUGGGAAAUCAGUCUCACCCUGGAGGUUCAACAUUGGCAUUUAUGGAUGCCGUUGAUUUAACUCGUGGUAGUGCUUCACUUGAUGAAAAGAGAAUGGCUGUUUUCAAAGAAUCUAUGGGUGAGACAAGUUCCAAUAGUGUAGUGGUGGCUGUGGACAGAAUUUUCACUGGAUCAACUAGAUUAGAUGGAUUUGCUAUUGUGGACUUUGUUAGCGCUCUCUGCAAAGUAUCGCUUGAAGAAUUGGCAAAGCCUCAACCACGAAUGUUCAGUCUACAGAAAAUAGUAGAAAUUUCCUAUUACAACAUGGGACGUAUUAGACUUCAGUGGUCGCGUAUUUGGCAGCAUUUAGGAGAACAUUUUAAUAAAGUGGGCUGCAGCCCUAUUGAAGAUGUUGCUUUCUUUGCUGUUGAUUCUUUGCGACAACUUUCUAUGAAAUUCAUACAAAUGGGAGAGUUUUCUAAUUUUAGAUUUCAGAAAGAUUUUUUGAGGCCCUUUGAACACAUAAUGAAAAAUAACAGGUCACCCACUAUUAGAGACAUGGUUGUCCGUUGUAUUGCUCAGAUGGUUAAUUCUGAAUGCCAAAAGAUCAAAUCAGGCUGGAAGAAUAUAUUCAGUGUGUUUCAUAUGGCUGCUGCAGAUGAAGAUGAAACCAUAGUUGAGCUAGCAUUCCAAACCACAGGGAAAAUAAUCACUCAGAUUUAUGAGAAAUAUUUCCCAUCACUGAUUGAUUCCUUUCAAGAUGCUGUAAAAUGUCUCUCUGAGUUUGCUUGCAAUGCUAGCUUUCCAGACACAAGCAUGGAAGCAAUUAGGCUUAUAAGGCAUUGUGCAAAAUAUGCUGCUGAGCAGCCCACUGUAUUUAGAGAUCACAAUAUAGAAGAUGUGACAGUUUCUGAAGAUGAUCGUGUUUGGGUAAGGGGAUGGUUCCCUAUUCUUUUUGAAUUAUCAUGCAUUGUCAGCAGAUGCAAACUGGAUGUUAGAACUAGAGCUUUAACUGUCAUGUUUGAAAUCAUUAAAACUUAUGGUGAUGAGUUUAAAGAAGCAUGGUGGAAAGAAUUGUUUGAUAUAAUAUUCAGGAUUUUUGACAACAUGAAACUUCCUGAAUCACAACUUGAGAAAGCAGAAUGGAUGACUACAACUUGCAACCAUGCUUUAUAUGCUGUUGUGGAUGUUUUUACUAAGUUUUAUGACGUUCUUGGCAACUUAAUGCUAGACAAUAUGUAUAUGUAUUUGAAGUGGUGUGUCAAACAGGAUAAUGAACAACUGGCAAGAUCUGGUACCAAUUGUCUUGAAAAUCUUGUGCUGUCUAAUGGCAACAAAUUUAGCCGCGAACGAUGGGAUCAAACAUGCCGUUGUAUUGUUGAAAUAUUCAACUUGACUCUCCCAAUUAUGUUACUUUCCUGGACACCUUCUAUGAGAGAAAAAAGUGACAGUAUUGUAAGUGAUAAAAUAAAAUUAGAAGACAUUUCUGUAUCAAAAGGAGAGUUGUCUGAUAAGAUGAUUACUGGUGAAGGGAAAGUGGAUUCUUAUCAGUCAGGAGUUAAGGAAAAACGAAAUAGCCUACUUCCAUCUGGAAACAUUGAAAAUCAAAACAGCCCAAAUACUCAAAACCUGAAAAGUGAAAGUAAUAAAUUACAAUCUUUUGAAAAAGGUGACAGCGAUUUUGUACAGAAUACAUCUGAUAUUAUUGAAAGAUCUCGAGGCAGCAUUUCUAGCAACAAAAGCGUUUCAGAUGGUCUUCCGUCCAAAUAUGAAAGUGAUGAAAAACUUUUUGCCUCUUUAAAAAUAAAAUGUACAGUGCAACUGGAACUCAUUCAAACCAUAGACAACAUAAUUUUCUACCCUGCAGCAAGUCGAAAAGAGGAUGAGAAAAAUUUAAUGCUUGCAAAAGCUGAGAUGCGAAAAAGUGAUGAAAGUGGGAUAACAUUUGAUAGUAGUCAACAUGAAGAGCAAGGCAUGUAUUCUUUCCUUUCAACUUCUGAAUUGCUUCAAUUAGUUGAUUGCCUAAUGGAAUCCCAUCGAUUUGCUAAGACAUUUAAUAUGAAUCAGGAGAAGAGGAACAUGCUGUGGAAAGCAGGGUUUCGGGGAAAUGUGAAACCUGAUCUACUAAUGCACGAGUCUCAUAGCCUGGCUUGUACUUUAAGGAUUCUUUUCAGAAUGUAUACCGAUGAAAGUAGACAAGAAUCAUGGAAGGAAGUGGAGAAAAAGCUUAUUUUGAUAUGCUGUGAAGCUUUAAAUUAUUACCUUGGGCUCACAGUUGAAAAACAUCGUGAUUGCUGGACUAGUCUUCUGCUUCUCAUGCUUUCCAGAGUAAACCAGCUGGAUGAUGAAAGGUUUCGAGCCCAUGCAUCUGCAUAUUAUUUGACUUUAUGUGAGAUGAUUUUUCAUGAAAAUAUUCCAGAAUUGAGAGCAGUAUUGAAGCGUUUCUUUAUACGGUCAAGCAGAGCUUUUCGAAUAUGCAAUUUUAAUUCCCACUGACAGUAAUUUCAAAUCAAUGUACAGUCACAUUUGCAAUACGUGUAGAUAAGAAAAUUUGCUACACAAAUUAUGAAUUUUCAUUUCAUGUUCUCUCAAUGCCAUUUCAUGAAAUAUAUGCCUAACUAGUCGGUGUAGAGUAAUGACUGAUUUGUAUAUAUUUUAAUACUAGUGAUUUUGUUUCAUGAUUCGAGUAUUACUUUGGAAUUCAGAGGGAAUUUGUUUGUUGUGACUGUUGAUUAUCUACCUUUUAGCAUGGAUGAAAGCAGUUUCUAUUGUUAGUUAUGAUCAGGAGUAUAUAUAAUUUCAACUAUAUGCACUUAGCAAAUCAUAUAAUGGCAAUUGUGCCAUAUUUAAAUUCUCAUUUAUAGAAAUCUUGUGUUAGAAGUAAAAAUAGAAUAGCAGUUUUCUUCAGUUUACUUUUAGAUGUAUUGACAAGAUCUCCAUUAUUAGAGAUGUAAAUGAAGAUUCAAAAUUUUAUUUCAGUUCCUUCCAUCCAUUUGAAAGUUAUGCAAUUUUUAAAGUUUAAAAUAUUUUAUAGUUGCUUUAGGAAACCAGAUUUUUAUAGCAUUGAUUAUAUAAUAGUGUUUAAAUUCUAAAAUAUUUUUAUAUGCAUAUUAUUAUUUUUUAAGAUACUGAGCAAAAUGUAGAUAUGGAAUGUUAAUUUUUCUCUUUUAAGAAAAAUUUAAUCUUAUUUAAGUUAUUUUAUAAUUGUAUGACUAAUAUAUUAUUCUUUGAUAUUAAAUUAUUUGUUGACAGAGGAAUAAAAGCUGCUUAAAAAUUAUUUGAUAAACAAUGAGCAAUUAAUUUGGUCAAGAAUUGAAAACAUAUCAAAUUGUUUUUUUUAAUUGAAUGGUGCAAAAAUAUUACCAUUUUGUUUUACUUAAAUUUUCAUUUAAUUAAUAAUUUUAAAAAGCAAUUAUUAUUUUUAUAAGUUUAAGUAUUUGAAAUAUAAACUUUUCAUAGUCUUUCAGCUAUCUAUUCUCAUGCGAUUAUUGCAUUCAUAAACUUUCCAUUAAAUCAUUUAAAAGAACAAUAUCAGAUCUGUAGAAGUGAAAAUAUUUAUUGUACCCAUAAAUAAUAAAGUUAUCCUUUUCUGCCAUCUGCAUUUAUGUUUUUGUAAUAAUAGUGCUUUGCAUAAAUAUACCUCUAAAAAUUUGUUGGAUUAUUCAAUUUUAGUUAUGUGUUUCUCUCUCUGUUUCUCACUCUUAAAAAUUAUUUAUUUAGUAUUAUCAUUUUAGCUAUUUUUGCAAUAUAAAGUACUCGUACAGAGAGCUUUGAAUGCUGUGAGUUGUGAUAUUGAAUUAUUUAAUACUUUAAAAAUUAUUUAAUUAAAGAAUGCUCAACAUUCCAAAAAUCUUCUUUAUGAAGAAUGUCAUACCCAUUCAGUGUGUUGAAUUUUUUUUUUAUGAUUUCAAUAUUUUGAAAUUCAUUGUUUGUAAGAAGAUGUAUUUGUAUAAUUCAAGAGUAUCUAAUAAAACGUUGACCAGU